AUGACUACAUACAGCCUGGUGGUGCCCAGGGAGUACGGCUACGUGGUGCUCGUCGGGGUGGGCUCCACCCUGGUGAAUGCGUGGCUCUCCUUCCGCGUCGGAAGAGCGCGAAGGAAGUACGACGUCAAGUACCCAGCCAUGUACUCGGAUACGAACAUCGUCUUCAACUGCAUCCAGAGAUCCCACCAGAACUUCCUCGAGGGCUACCCUCAGUUCUUGAUGACGCUGUUCCUUGCUGGAUUCGAGUUCCCGAAACUCGCUGCUGGUGCGGGACUUGUGUACCUUGCCGGCAGGAUUGUCUACGCCAUCGGGUACUCCACGGGAAUCCCGUCGAAGCGGAUGCGUGGCGGCUUCCAGUACUUCGGCGUCCUUACCUUGCAUGGACUGACUUUGCGCCUGGGACUGCGCAUGCUGGGAUACAUCUAAGCAGCCGUGGUUUACGACCGCAGCGGGAUGGCCCAAGAGGCUGUCGCUCAAAUACUGCGGUCACGGCGUCUCUGGAAAUACACCUUGACUAGUCCAGAUCCAUAGACUUUGUGUCUGUCACGCAUUAUCAAGGACAUUGUCGUGAGACCUUUUGUUACACUGACGGGAGCAGAAUGCGCGGGCGUUCGACUGAUUGUGAGCAAGGAAUUUGUUAGUUCGAGUAGAGACGAAAACUUCAUCGAAGGAACGAGAGAAAAAAGAAAAGAGGACAGCGCGGAAGUAAGGUAUGCUUGAGUAGAGAUUCCCGUACGCUUUUUUGUUCAAUAAAUAGGUUGUCAUUAAUGUAGAAGCCCAGC